AUGGAAGAACUAAAGAAUUUCAAACCUAUUGAUUUAUAUGAAAAAUUACGUUUGAGUGAUAAUGAUUUCGAUGCAUGGCUUGAGAAGCUUGGACUUCUUCAUGGAAAGAGAACUUGCUACAAAUGUGGGGGUCGAACAACAAUAAGUGUUAAGGAAGACGAAAGAUAUGGAUGUUGGCGGUGUUAUCUCCCGGAAUUUAUGUGGCGAAAACGAUUUGGCAAUAUUGAAAAUGUUUUUUAUAAUUUUUGGCAUCAUGUCUCACUUUUUUAUCCUUGUGAAAGAAAUGAAUAA